AUGCGAUUUACUGGAUUAUUUUUAGCACUAUGUUCUUAUGUUUCUGUUUGGGGCUUUUGGGGUGCUGUGCAUGCCCAUCUCCCACAUGUGCUACACUACGAUGUUGUUCGUCUGCAGACAGUAAAGGGAAGAAUUAAAAGAAGCGACUCUCCCCACCAGAAAUAUCCUGACACUGCUGAAUAUGGCUUAUCCAUUAAUGGAAGAAACCACACAAUAUAUUUAGAAAAGAACAGGGAGCUUUUAGGAAAGAAUUAUACUCUUACGUAUUAUACAGAAGAUGGAAAUAAAGAGACUAAUCAUGCAGCCAAAAUGGACCACUGUUACUAUCAGGGGCAUAUUCGAAAUGUAAACGACUCCUCAGUCAGUGUGGGCCUGUGCUCUGGAAUGAGAGGUUUUGUGAGGACAGAAAAUCAGGUCUAUUUGAUUGAGCCACUGACAAAAUCUUUAAAGGGAGACCAUGCAAUUUAUAAACAGGAGCACUUGAGGACUAAGAGGACAGCUGUUAGAUACAUCAAUGACACUGUGUAUGAUCUUGGGCCAAGACUUGCUGGACUGCAUAAAAGUAGAAACAUGGCACCUUUGAGAGUGCAGAGAUAUGUGGAGAUGGUGUUGGUGGUUGAUAAUAAAGAGUUUCAAAAAUAUGGAAGCUUGAAGAUUGUAGAAAAGAGAAUGCUGGAAGUUGCUAAUCAUGUAGACAAGCUCUAUCGUUCUCUAAACAUCCGUGUCAUGUUGGUGGGACUAGAGGUCUGGAAUUACAGAGACCAGAUUGUUGUUAGCCACCAGCCCAAUCUCACUUUGGAUAAAUUUUUAAAGUGGCGUAAGACUAACCUCUUGCCUAGAAAGAAGCAUGACAAUGCUCAGUUUGUUACUGGAGUGAAUUUUGAGGGAUCGACUGUGGGCUUGGCUCCCAUGAAUUCAAUGUGCUCUUCUUCCUCUGGUGCAGUGAAUGAGGACCAUACCAGCAGUCCUGUCGGAGUGGCUUCCACUAUUGCACAUGAAAUGGGCCAUAACCUGGGCAUGUCACAUGAUGAUCCAUCCUUAUACUGUGUCUGUCCAAAGUCAUCUGACCAGAGCUGCAUCAUGGAAGAUAGCAUUGGACAUGUAUUUCCUGAAUCAUUUAGCAGUUGUAGUAAAGCUGCUUUAGAGGCAUUUUUGCAAAGCUAUGACACCAGAUGCCUGCUAGAUGUUCCAAACGAAAAUGAGAUGUAUGGGGGACCAGUAUGUGGCAACGGCUUUGUGGAAAAAGGCGAGGAGUGUGACUGUGGAACGCUGCAGGAAUGUAACAACCCAUGCUGUAAUUCCACCACAUGCCAGCUGACGGAAGGCUCACAGUGUGCACAUGGGGAAUGCUGUCACAACUGCAAGGUGCAGCAAGCAGGAAGUCUGUGUAGAGCCAGUGCUCAUGACUGUGAUCUGGAAGAAUACUGUACUGGAAUGUCAGCACAAUGUCCAAAAGACGACUACAAGAUGAAUGGGCUUCCAUGUAACUACAACCAGGGCUACUGCUAUAAUGGCCAGUGUCCAACACACAAGGAGCACUGCAAUUGGCUGUGGGGACCAGGUGCUUAUGUCGAUAUUGACAUUUGCUUUAACAGCAAUGACAGAAGUUGCAAAAGACCAGGAUUUUACAAGUGUUUUCAACAGGACAUGAAAUGUGGAAAGAUAUACUGUACAGGUGGAGCUCAAUUUCCAAUCACUAAAGAAUAUGGUACAAUAACCUAUGGUAAUAAAGAGUGCAAAUUUGCUGUGGAUAACUCUGGCACACAGGACAUAGGGUUAGUACCAACAGGGACCAAAUGUGGGACAAACAAGGUGUGUUACAAGAGCCUUUGCCAGGAUAACAGCAUCUAUGGCAAUAAGAACUGCUCUGCUAAAUGCAAUAAUCGUGGGGUGUGUAACCAUGAGAAGCAGUGCCACUGUGAUCCAGGCUGGGCACCUCCCUACUGUGAUGUAAAACUUUCUGAUCUACCAACCCGAAGAAAUGCAUUGAUCAUAGGUGUGGCCACCACCAUAGCCAUCUCGCUGCUCAUUACUCUGGUAAUUGGAGCCACAGUGUGUUACAGGAAACAAAAGUCAUACACAAAGAAAAGAUUCUUUAAGGAUAUUAACGCCUACCCAGGUCAGUGCAACCCUGGAUUUCAGCCAAGCAGUGCAAAGAACAGCCCCAGAUGUGGACCUCCUCGUAUUAGCCAGCCUACUUUUCUGGAGUCAUCAACAACACAAGCCUGCAGACCUUUACAUUCCCCCAUCACGCCCAGUAGACCAGUACCACAGCCUCCAAAAGGAGCAGAACAGCCCUGGAAGGAGAAGGCAAAACUUUUAAUUACAACCUCCAAGCCACUGCCUCCAUCAAAACCUUUACCUCCACUUAUAAACAAACAAAUAAAUAAACCAGCACCACCUCCAGUACCUCCUGUAAAACCAUCAGGAAUAAACAAUGAACGGAAUCCACCUCGGGUUUCUGCAGCACCAAGGGUUCCUCUGAAACCCCCUCCAAAGUACAGAUGAUGUAAAGCAGAGUGUCUGAAUGACUGCAAGCUUCAGGAGAAGUUUUUGAGCAAUUUUAAAGCCUCUGCAGGGAUUGCAGCUGUGAAGAUGAUUCAUAUCUUUCUUUUCACUUAGACAGUGAGAAACAAAAUGGUUUUAAAGAAAAAGGGAAUAGAAUUGGGACUAGAUGUAAUGUAUUAAGGGAUUUCCUUUUUUGC